UCCCUCCCUCCCUCUCUCUCUCUCUCUCACACUCAGAGUCACUACACAGUACACCCUUGGGUCUCACGACUCUCUCUCACGUUGUAUUUAAUAUAUUUAUGCAUAGUUGUUGACGCAGUAUCUGACACUACCAUUACUGUUUUCCCAUGCCACAAAAAUACGCCACUAGUAUUUCACAAAAAAUCUAUUACAUCUCUGCCACGCAGUUAGGCGUACAGAUUUACACACCUUUUAUCAACUCUCGACUAGCUGCUUCUUGUUUUGUGGAGUUGGGUUUUAGCAGGGCUGCUGUAAAUGCGGCUGGGUUAUGGGGAAGAAGGGAGGAAGCUCAUGGUUGACUGCUGUGAAAAGGGCUUUCAGAUCUCCUACUAAAGAGACUGACAAGAGGAGUGGCAGAAGAAGAGAGGAACAUGACCAGGAGGAAGACGAAGAAAAGAAGAGAGAGAAGCGGAGAUGGAUCUUCCGGAAACCCACGAACCAAGAAACCGCAUCGCCACAAACCCAGUCAAAGGUUGCAGCUUCCUUCAGCGCUGGCGGUGGCGGUGGUGUUGCACCGGUGAAUGAUGAUGUCUCCGCUUCUGCCGCCGCCGAGCAACGCCAUGCGAUUGCGAUGGCCGUGGCUACCGCAGCCGCCGCCGAGGCCGCCGUCGCCACCGCCCAAGCGGCAGUGGAGGUCGCUCGGCUCACCAGGCCGUCCAAUCACUAUGCCAAAGAAAACUACGCUGCCAUUGUUAUUCAGACUGCUUUCAGAGGCUAUCUCGCAAAAAGAGCUCUCCGUGCGCUUAAAGGACUGGUAAAAUUGCAAGCUUUAGUGAGAGGUCACAACGUCAGAAAGCAAGCAAAGAUGACCCUCCGAUGCAUGCAGGCUCUUGUUCGAGUGCAGGCCCGAGUGCUCGAUCAGCGCCUGAGACUUUCCCACGAGGGAAGUCGAAAAUCCACAUUCAGCGAUACAAACAGUUUGUGGGAAUCCCGGUAUCUUCAGGACAUUGCAGAGAGAAAAUCAAUUUCGAGAGAAGGAAGUAGCAUCGCUGAUGAUUGGGAUGAACGCCCACAUACCAUUGAGGAAGUGAAGGCCAUGUUGCAGACCAGAAAGGAAGCUGCGUUGAAGCGUGAGAAGAACUUAUCUCAGGCCUUAUCCCAACAGAUAUGGAGAACUGGUAGGAGCCCGUCAAUGGGGAAUGAGGAUGAGCUUGAAGAGAAACCGAAAUGGCUGGAUCGGUGGAUGGCCACGAAGCCCUGGGAGAGCAGGGGACGAGCUUCAACUGACCAGAGAGACCCCAUUAAGACUGUGGAAAUUGACACCUCCCAACCUUAUUCCUACUUAGCUCCUAAUUUCCGAAGAUCAAAUCAAAACCAGUACCAACCAAACCAAUUCCAAAGACCCAAUUCGCAUUCUGUUGCUUCUCCUCUUCAUAGAGCCCACCAAAACGUAUCCCACCACCAAUCUCCUAUCACACCCUCUCCCUCUAAAACAAGGCCUCUGCAAGUCCGGUCGGCUAGUCCUCGCUGUGGAAGAGAAGACAGAAGCCUUCACACCUCUCAAACACCCAGUUUAAGGUCUAAUUACUACUACAAUGGAGGAUUGCAUCAACAAGGAAGGGGCGCUACUACUAGUGGUGGUGGCAGUGGUGGUCCUGCAUUGCCAAAUUACAUGGCAGCUACCGAGUCCACUAAGGCCCGGGUUCGGUCACAAAGUGCACCAAGGCAGAGACCGUCAACACCGGAGAGGGAACGGGGUGGCCCUGGCUCUGUCUCCGGCUCUGCGAGAAAACGCCUUUCCUUCCCUGCCCCGGAUCCUUACAGCGGUGGAAUUGGCUAUGGAGGCUAUGGACAUAACUUGAGGAGUCCAAGUUUCAAGAGUGUGGGUGGAGGAUAUCUGGGGUUGGAACAACAGUCUAACUAUUCUUCUUGCUGCACAGACAGUCUUGGUGGGGAGAUCUCCCCUUCUUCAACCAGUGACCUUAGAAGGUGGAUGAGGUGAUUAAUGAUGAAGACAGGACCAUGAGAGAUGACCCACAACUUGAUAAAUUUUCAUUCAAUUAUAGAUUGAAAUAUGAUAGGGGUUGGUUGUUGGCAUGAAAUGUAGAGCAGAGGAUUGAGUGCUUGAUUGGGUUUUGUGUAUCUUUUUUGCUUUUUCAAAGUUUGGCUUUCCUCCCUUGGAUAAUCUCUAUUUGAUGGAAUUCUUCCUUAAGCCAUUUGAUUGACCCUCAACUAUCUUGUAAAAAUGCUUAUUCCAAGAUCUCCCGUAGGUUUGCUCA